GAAGGGAAGAAAUGGCAGGUUCCCAUAUUGCACAUGCUGCUUACAAGGGUCCAAGUGUAGUGAAAGAGAUUAUGAUAGGGAUUGCUCUUGGAAUAGUUGCGGGAGGUUUGUGGAAGAUGCACCAUUGGAACAACCAGAGGAGAACUAAGGAAUUCUAUGAUUUGCUUGACAAAAAUGAGAUCAGUGUUGUGGUGAAUGACGAGUAACUUUU